AUGGUGUGGGACCCUCGCUUCAAGUCAAGACUGUUUUGCGGAUGCGAGAAUGGAAAAACCUUGCUCAUCGAUCGUUUUCAGGACCCAGACCAUGAAGUACUGACUGGCACAGUAGCGCCAGUCUAUGCCUUGGAUAUUGAUACGGUCACAGGCUAUUUGGCUAUCAGCAUUGGAUCUGAAGUGCACGUUGCACAGGAAAUUUUAGGCAAUACCUUCGCGAUGUUUGUAAUCCUCCCCAAACCUGCUGAUUUCCCCGACAUGUUACCAGACAGCAGAGUGCAUCUGAGAUCCGUACAUUUCUUGAAGAACGGGACAAGGUUGAUCGUAUCCUACCUCAAUCAUGGCAUUAUAUGUUGGGAUUUGAAGACACACGACGUGUUAUGGCACAUUGUCCCGCCCCUCAGUCGACGUCAAAUAAUGAACUUGUAUGUUUUAGGCGAGAAGGAACCUUUACAAUCUUUCCUCCAGCCCACAAAUACAGGCAUCAACAUUCCACUCGGUACAGGCAGUGUCAAAAUUUGGGACACGUUGUCUGGGGAGCAUUUGCAAAUGCUUGAACACCAAGACGUCAUCAUGCAACAAGUAUCUACCUAUCAAGGUAGUUCCGUUGGGAUGGGCGAAAAGACCCAGAUAGUUUUAUGGCGAGCAACUGGAGAUAUUCAAUUAGACCAGAUUCUUGGCGACUCAUGGUGGGAGGACGUCCGCAAUUACAUGUGGAAUAUCCUUGCCUGGGAUUUUGAUCGAGAAAUGCAAUGCCAAAUGAAACUCGACAUCCUCUCUAUCCUCGUUCUCGUGUGCUUCCUAUUGUGCUUUUCGCAGAUCAACGUAAUGCGGACCCAUGUAGAAAGAUAUAUCUUCAAGAUUUUAGAACUAUGCUACGACCGGGCCAGUCAAGCCUCUAAGAUUUUAGCCCCAACAUUAAAGUUCAUUUGGUACUGGAUCAAAUCUGCGUUCUGGUCACUCGUUUCGUCUGGAAUUUCGUGGGCUGUAAUGACUUUAACAUGGCUUGGAGAGAACUUAGGAGUUGAGGAUCUCGUUGGGCGCCAAGAAUUAUGA